CUUCCGCGCUCGUCAGCUAGCGCCGCGCCGGGCGAUGUGGAGCACGAGGAGGUGGAGGAGGAGGAAGUGUAGGAGCUGCUGUCACUGCUGCUGCUACUGCUGCUGCUGAGGCUGCUGCUGCUACUGCUGUUGCUGUUGAGGAAGCCGCAGCUGUUUGAAGGAAUCCUCGCGAACGGGUCUCGGACACCGCGAGGGAGGAGGAUCAAUGCGUCUGGCUGGCUGCGGCAGCAACGAGCCCGGUGAACGGUCUCUUUCACGCGAGCCACAUCGAGCCGUCCCUUCUGCGUUCUCAGCCUGAGCCGUCCACGGAGCCAUGAGGAAGUUUGCGUACUGCAAGGUUGUUCUGGCCACAUCGCUGGUGUGGGUGCUGGUGGAUGUCCUCCUGCUGCUGUACUUCAGCGAGUGUAACAAGUGCGAGGAGAAGAAGGAGCAUGGGCAGCAGCCAAGGAUGGGAGACCUGAACAUGAAGCCUCCGGAGGGGCCAGGGGAGAUGGGAAAGGCGGUGUUGAUUCCCAAGGAGGAGCACGAGAACAUGCGAGAGCUUUUCAAGAUCAAUCAGUUCAACCUUCUGGCGAGCAAGCGCAUCGCUCUCAACAGGAGCCUCCCUGAUGUGCGUCUGGAGGGCUGCAAAACCAAGGUGUACCCAGACGGGCUGCCGAAGACGAGUGUGGUGAUUGUGUUCCACAACGAGGCUUGGAGCACACUGUUGCGCACAGUGCACAGCAUUAUUGGCCGCUCCCCACGCCACAUGCUCGAGGAGAUAAUCCUGGUGGAUGACGCCAGCGAGCGAGAUUUUCUAAAGAGUCCGCUGGAGGAGUACGCCAGCAAGCUGCCGGUGCCGGUGCACAUUGUGCGCAUGGAGUCACGCUCUGGCCUUAUCCGAGCCAGGCUCCGGGGGGCGGCCGUGUCGCGAGGUCAGGUGAUCACGUUCCUGGAUGCGCACUGUGAGUGCACUACAGGGUGGCUGGAGCCGCUGCUCGCACGCAUCAAGGCUGACCGGAAAAAUGUGGUAUGUCCCAUUAUUGAUGUGAUCAGCGAUGAGACAUUUGAGUAUCUUGCUGGCUCUGACAUGACCUAUGGUGGAUUCAACUGGAAACUGAACUUCCGCUGGUACCCAGUGCCCCAGAGUGAGAUGGACCGACGGAAAGGAGACCGGACAAUACCUGUCAGGUCACCUACAAUGGCAGGAGGGCUGUUUGCCAUCGAUCGUGACUACUUUCAAGAGAUUGGCACGUAUGAUGCCGGCAUGGACAUUUGGGGUGGAGAGAACCUGGAAAUGUCAUUUCGGAUCUGGCAGUGCGGUGGGACACUGGAGAUUGUUACCUGCUCCCACGUGGGCCACGUGUUCCGCAAGGCGACACCGUACACGUUCCCUGGAGGCACGGGACAAGUCAUCAACAAGAACAACCGCAGGCUCGCCGAAGUGUGGAUGGACAACUUUAAAGACUUCUUUUACAUCAUCUCGCCAGGGGUGACCAAAGUGGAGUAUGGCGACGUCUCGCAGAGGAAGGCCCUACGCGAUCGCCUGAAGUGCAAGCCAUUCUCCUGGUUCCUGGAGAAUGUAUACCCCAACUCCCAGAUCCCCAGGCAUUACUACUCACUGGGCGAGGUGAGAAAUGUGGAGACAAACCAGUGCCUGGACAACAUGGGUCGGAAAGAGAAUGAAAAGAUUGGGAUCUUCAACUGCCACAGCAUGGGUGGAAACCAGGUAAGUUGUACAGAAGAAGUCAAUGUGAUUUCCUACUUAAAUUGGCAUUGAGGUGGUGCUCAUUUG